AUGGUCGCUAAAAAAGGCAAGCUGCGCAAGGUCCAGAAUCGACCGGCGGCUACAAAGUCAUCUUCGUGGAAGUCCGUCAAGUACGUGUGCGGCAACGUCACUGCCAACGACCAUGACAUCAUCAAAAUGCUGCUGGCGGACAAGCUUCUGAUGGAUCUUUCAGCAAAGUUGUGCCCCAGAUGUUCAAGUGGAGCCUUGUCCAAGCUCCAUACAGGUGGCCCUCAUCACUUGAAGCAUCGUUGCAACAACUACAAGUGCACAGCCGCCAUCACACCCUAUCAUCUUCACCCGCUCUUCUCGGAAUGCAUGGGCCCGCAGAAACAAAGUCUGCAGAUGCAGUCCGCCAUGCUCCUCCUAAUGCUUCACAAGGUGCCACAGUCUACAAUCCAUCUUGUGUUGGACAUCAACCACAAAGCCAUCGAAUACAUGGAGAAGAAGCUUUGUAGAUUGUGCAAAGACUUCGUCGAGAAGGAGGAGAAAAAUAUUGUUUUCGGGAACAAACGCACUUGGGUUGAUGUUGAAGCCGACGAGGCUACUUUUGACAAGCGCGACAUUUCAAAGGACCCUGAUCUCAAGCACCUGAUCUCCAAGCCGAACAACACCAUUCUAUGGGAGCAUAUGGGAGCAAUGGGCUGGAAUCGUACAGAGCAAUCCGGAAGAUCGAGUGGAAGAGCUUCGCUCAAGAGAAACUUCGCGACCGCAAAGUUUUUCUCCAUACCGAUUCGGCAAAAAGCUAUCCAUGACAGAGUCGUUCACUGCAAGAAGCGCGUCAAAAUCAACGGCAAGUACCAGUGGACAAGCCCGAAGUAUGUCACCAUGGUAACCCACAAAGUGCCAGGCAGCAACAAGAAAUUGAAGGUCAAAUCAGGCACUCAAAUCAUUGACCGAGCCUGGAGGUUUUUGAAGGACCGCAUCGCCAUCAACCAAAAUGUCAAGGCAGGUUCCAGUCUCUUGCGCGCGAAACUGCGGUCAGCACAAUACGACUACUGGUUUAAGAAUUCCGAUCUGUGGCUGGCGAGCGGCGAGCUUUGUACAGAGGAUGCCAUUAGCUUCAGCGCGGCCAUCAGCGCCUGCGAGGGGGAAGGUCAGUGGAGCCAGGCACUUCUGCUGCUGGCGAGCAUGCACAGUGUCAGGGUGAAGGCCAACGAGAUCGGCUUCAAUGCGGCCAUCAGUGUUUGCGCCAAGGGCACCCAAUGGCGAAUGUCUUUGCAGCUGCCAGUUGUGAUGUCCUUCAUGCAGGUCAUUGCAGACGAGAUCACCUUCAGUGCAGCCAUCUCUUCGUGCGAGAAGCUGGGUCUCUGGCGGAGGGCGAUUGGCCUGCUUGCCGUCUCCGCUGGUGCCAAUGAGAUAGCCUUCGGAGCAGCCAUUGGUGCUUGCACCAAAGGAGUUGGCUAG